AUGGCACAGGAAGUAGACUGGCUCAGCAGCCAGGCUGGUGUGUGCAAGAUAAACCUCUACAGCCCUGAUACACAUAAAGACCAGGAACGUAAAGUGAUUUGCUUUGUCGACGUUGCCAACCUGAACUCAAAGGAGAGAGAUGGAGCUACUGGUCGAUCCAAGAACAUCUCUGACCCUGACAAUGAGCUGGACUUGGCGAAUAUGGAAGAGAGGGAGGUCAUCAUAAUCAAGGACAAUGAGCAAAACAGCUGCUUUAAUACUGAGGGAGCAGUUUGCCUUUUCAAGCAAGGCUCCAUUGAUGAUGACAAUGUUGUCAGCUGGCUCAACAAUGACCUCCAGAAAUAUGCAGUUGGAUUCCAGCAUGCGCUGACAUCCUUAAGAAAGCCUCGCAAGACUAAGGUACUUGACUUAGCAUCCAGGAACAACAACAACACUUCUUCCAGCGCCGGUAGUGAGGGAGGGAACUCAGAUGACAUUGCCUAUUACGCCAAUAAGCUCUGCAACUUAGUUGUUGAAAUGACACGCAAGGAGAUCAAGGAGAAAUGGGAAAGCUCAGGGAAAUGCACCCGCCAUAUCAUUAGCCCCCACAGCAAUAGGAACAAGGUGAAUAUAGCUGAGAAUAUGGAACGAUGCAAGACGCCUCCAGAAAUCAAGAGGGACGACCCAUUUUCAGGUGACAUGGCAAACCACAAUGACUUCAAGCAACAUGAAGCCAUGUAUAUGGACAAAGAAAGGAAAGCAGACGACAUGACUUCCAUAAGCAAAGGGAUGAUGGUGUAUGCAAAUCAGGUUGCUUCAGACAUGAUGCUGUCUUUCCUGAAGACCAUGAGAGUCCAGAAAGGUAGGCACCCUCCGCCAGCAUGUGCCGUUUUGAAAGAGGUACUUAUGAAGCACACCAAGGAAAUCGUAUCAGACUUAAUAGACUCCUCCAUGAAAAACCUGCACAACAUCACAGGGGCGCUCAUGACAGACUCUGAUUUUGUUUGUGGACUGAAGAGGAACCUUUACAAGGCUGGAACCCAGAAGACAGCAGAGGUUUUGGAAGUCAUGGUGAAGCGCUUGUUUAAACUCAUCUUGGGAGAUGAUAAGCAGUACAGAGCUCAAAACUUCACCUUUGCAACCUAUAAAGCAGGGGGGGCCCGGGGCCAUUGCAGCCAGGGCAUGCAGUUUUCAUCCAUGAAAAGGGAGUCUUGUGACUAUGGAAAGGAAAGAGCAGGUGGCCCAUGCCCAAGGAAACAUUUUCCAGCAGGAACCAAGGUGCCGGACAAGCAAUCCCUGGAUAUGUAUGCCAGAGAGCUUCUGGUAACAGCAUUGCAGCAGAUACAGCAGCACCUGCUGGAAAAGAACAAAGACUGUAGACCUCGUGAAUGCAACACCUCCUCAUAUGGCUACAUUCCCCGUGACUAUGAGAGGGCGGAGGGGAGCUGUGGCCCAAAAUUCUCACACAGGUCAUGUGACAGAAAAGCAGACCCCUGCCAUUCGGACAGCCUGAAAGAUAAAGGACAUCUCAUAAUGUCCAUGGUCCAGAAGAUUUUGGAUGAGGCUGGCUUAAAUCUAGACGAGAACUGCGGGGACAAAAACAGGGGAUAG